UCAGGGGAAAAGGAAUCUUACCAGCCUGAGUGAUUGUUCAACAUUAACGUUUUGAAGAAGGAUUUCACUUGCAACUGGUUGGUGACACAGGCAGAUUCUUUACCCAUCUGUUGCUUUAAGCGGCGUUGGAUAAGAAAGAUGUGGUUGGCAUCGUUGAUGGCCCUUUUAGCUGAAUAUGUGUUGCCGCGUUUAUAUUAUGCUUCUCUUCAUGAUAAAAAUGUUGCCAUUUGAAUAUAUUCUCUCAAGGAAAACGAUGCUUGGAUCUACUGUGAGUUUUGCUUGUCUUCAACGGGGUGUGCUACCAUAGGAUUUAGAUGUUUUGAUUUACAACGCAAAUGUUUCUCUAAGCAGCAAGAAUGCUACAUGUAUGAGCCAAUCAAGAAUUCCAUAUUGGAUUAAGAAAGGAAUCACCCUCUUUGUGGCUGAAGAUGUAGGCUGUUCGCCACAGCCCUUGCCAUGGUAAGAAUGUCUCGGUGGCCUUCCCGGAUCAGGAUAGCAUUCAUGAUGGCCGUGAUAUUCAGUUCGAUUCCCGCUAAUUCCGGUAAGGAGCCGGACACGGUCCUCCGAAUUGGAUUACUCACGGAAAACCCUGGCGUGUUUCUGCCAGGGUUCAACGAGUCGUUGACCGAUGAGAGUCUUGCUAUUCAACAGGCUUUUAACGUAUCGAUAGAAGGCUACUUGGCCGGCGAAAGCGUGGAACCUUCACCGCUCAUUGACGCUAUAUGUAACCACUCCGUAAAGAAAAACACGGUGGCCCUUAUUUCCACCAAGUUUAGUAGAAUGGCCUCCCUUGUUGCUGGCCAAGCUGGAAUACCUCUCCUCACACUUGGCACUGAUUACCAAGCAACUGACGACAAGGACCUCCGAGCCACGACAAUCCGCCUUGAACCGCCUGCCGAAUUUCAGACGCACGUCAUCCGGGACCUCAUGCACGUGAACGACUGGAAAUCAUACGCCAUCAUCGCCGACCAAUCAGCGUCGUCCACCACAUCGAUCAAAGCACUCCAGCUCAUCACCCUCAGAACACGACACGACUGGAACAUUACAAAAAUCAUCCGUUUCACCGCUCACGAUCUCAUGUCACAAUCCACUCUAAGUCAAAUGCUCAUACCGAUAGCCAAAUCAAAUCAUAGAACCAUAGUUUUAUUAUGUAAUUUAGAUGACACAAUUCAGAUCUUCCAGGCAGCGCGAUCACUAGGAUUCGACAGGACAUUCCUGUGGAUAGUAACAGAAUCUUCCUUUACGAAACAGAAAAUGUAUCUUUCUUAUUUCCCAAAUGAUGUGAUAGCUAUUCGACGAACUAAUGCCAAUCUUCAGGGUGAUUUAAUCAAAGAUACAGUUCAUCUUAUUGGCAAUGCCGUGAGGCGUUUUUUAGAUGAUGGGGGUGGGCUACGACACACAGACCAUGAGAGCUGCCAUAAAGAUACCUACGGGGGACGCCAAAGUGCAUUUUACAGAGACCUGCUGAAAUCUUACUACCAUGGUGAGAGUGGAUUCCUUAGUUUUGACAGGGACGGUCUGAACGCUCGACCUCGUUAUGACAUAUAUGCCGUAAAGCGGGGAGUGUGGAGAAUCAAGGAAUGGAAACGAAUUGCAUCAUGGGAAAAUCACGAUAUCCGUCUUAUAUCGAGUUUUAGGCGACGGAAAUUUAAAAAGACGAGAUUAAAACUUCGUGUGGUUACUAAAUCAGGUGUUCCAUUCGUGUCGGUGGGGAAUUUAGAUGAUCAGGGCCAGUGUAUCAGUGGGAAUAUAUGCCUCGUGGCGAAAUCUACCAACCCAGAGGAUAUCAACAAGCUGUUUUACACCCAUGAAAUGGAAAAAGAUAAGCCACAUGAAGACAAAGUUAUACCUCAGUAUUGCUGUUAUGGAAUGAGUAUAGAUUUGUUAGAAAGACUCAGUAAAGAUAUGAAAUUCGAUUAUGAUUUGUAUAUAACUAAAGAUAACCAUUCAGGAGUGUUAACGCAGACUGGUUGGACAGGGAUAGUAGGAGAUCUGAUGAGCGGUGCUGCUGACAUCGCCAUAGCUCCUUUGGUUAUCACGUCCAACAGGAGUAACAUCAUCGACUUUUCUGUGCCAUAUUUUUAUACGCGAUUCCGACUGCUUAUUGCCAAAAAUGAAAUGAAGGCUUCCAUCGGUGCUUUUAUGGAGCCACUCCAUUGGUCGAUGUGGCUGGGUAUCUUUGUGACGUUGCACAUCACAGCCCUGGCGGCGACCUUCUACGAGUGGCACUCUCCGUAUGGUCUCACCCCAAACGGGCGAGACCGAGUUAAAGUGUUCAGCUUCCCAUCUGCUUUGAAUCUCUGCUGGUCCAUUUUGUUUUCCCAUACCGUCACUACCAAGACUCCUAAGUGCUGGAGUAGUCGGUGGCUCCUCAAUGUGUGGGCCUGUUUCUCCCUCGUGUUUCUUGCCAGCUAUACCGCAAACCUUGCUGCAUUCAUGGUCGGAGAGAAGACAACCAGUAAGCUGACUGGCAUCAAUGACUAUAAGAUCCGAGCCCAUGGUUACCGGUGUGCGGCAGUCAAAGGGAGUGACGCAGAAGCAUACGUCAAGGCCAACUACCCCGACAUCUACCGCCUCAUGGUCAACCAGAACAUGAUGCUCCUCACCGACUACUCCAGGUUUGAAUUCAAUCAGCAUUCGGGCACCACAGAACACCUCAAGUACCCAGUGGAACUUAUAAGGCUUCUCAGGGACAGCAAGGUUGACCUGCUGAUACUGGAGAGCGUGAUCGCCGACUACUAUAUGAAAACUAUGCACACGUACAACCUGAGAGGUGUCGGGCAGGACUUCGGCCAUCAAAUGUAUGGCGUCGGCUUGCCGAAAAACUCAGCCUUUACAGACGAAGUCUCGUUGCUCAUCGCGAGAUACGAGACUGAGGGGUUCCUGGAGGGUUUAUACAAGUUAUGGACGCAGAGAAUGGUUGGCUACAGCACAGAAUCAACUAUGCAGUCAAUAAAGCUAAAUGCAGCUACUUUCGCCGGGGUCUUCCUUUUAUUCGGAGUUGGUAUAGGUUUGGGUUGUUUUACACUGCUGAUGGAAAUCAUCGUGUUUAAAUGCUGUGUUCCCUGCCUUAGGACGAAACGAAACAGACGAUGGAUAUUACCUUAUAGCCAGCGCCUUUAUCGAGCAGUAAUGUCGGAGCCAUACAAGGACAAGAUAACGUAUACAGAGAGGUUGACUGGUUCAAGACACAAGUACCAGAUUAGGAGUAAAAAUCCUUUCCUCAAACCUCUUGGAGAACGACUCACUGGUCCUUACAGUCGGAGUGUAAGUGGUGGAGACAGCCAGCAUGACAUGUCCAGGCUCCUGCUCAGUGCCUCAAACGCUCGGCCCGAUCCCUUAGCAAGUCGUCCUCUACUCCCUGUGUCCAACAUGCAAAAGUCAAACAACCUACGCCCUAAAGUGCUUAACACUCACAAUAUUGCUAUACAGACGGAUACUGAGGCCAGGAUUACCACACAACUCAGGUUCGUCGACGACAACAUUGACCGGCGGCUGAAGAGUUUUGAAGUGGACAUGAUGGAUAUGCGGGAACAGUUGGCGAGGGCGCUAAGAGACAAGGAGGAACUGCUGAGAAAGCUUUCAAAGUUAGAGUCGAAACCUGUGCAACAGAUUGAACAGGAGUUAAGAAAUUCCCGCGGCGCCGCGGUGAAACCAAGCACUGUAGUGCCGCUGAACUAUUUCAGUCCCAAACCGCGGAAUGUUACACCAGCGGCAUCUACCAGUGCAAAGCGGUCGAAUUUGUCAUUACCUACGAAUUACACCGAAACGAAAUGCUGACGGUGUGACGUUUAGGGCCAUUCUAAUUCAAUUCGCGUUUUAAGAAUUGAGUGUUGCGUAAUUGUUCUUAAAAAGGACUAUACAACUUAUAGAUUCCUUGUACAAUACUGCAUCAACUAGAAACACUCUGGAACUUUACUCAAUCACGCAAACAGUCUCCUUGUUUUUAUUUAUUGAUUGAUUGAUUUAAGAAAGGAGCCUGAAGUUGAUGUCUGUCAGAACCGUGUUGUUGUUGUUAACCGUUCUCGCCAAACUAGUAUUAAACAUAGCCGCGGAAGAAUGUCUUGGUAUCCAAGAUGAUUUAAAUGCCAUUAAGUUCCUCACCCGUUGACUAAAUCCAUCAUCACGACCAUUCACAACUUGUUUCAUGUAGCGGGGUCAUUUUGGUAUCGAUGGCCUUCAGUCUUUGAUGCAACGUUUUUUGACUUGUUCUCUUUUCUUGAUCCCAUGUUAUUCUCUCUUCAUUUCGUUAUUUAUCCAUGCCAUUAUGCCAUAACUAUCGCUUGCAUGUCAUCAUCAUCAUCAGUAGCAGCAUCACCAUCAACACCAACGUUCACGUGCAUUACAAAUAUUCGUCAUUGAGUUACAGUUACGGUUUAUUUAUAUAUGCUAUAUUUUCCUUGAUUUCAUCAUCCGUCAUUUCAUUGUAAUAUCUUCAUGCAUACAUCAUCGCCAUCGUUAUCAGUAGUAUUGUGUUUCACCUAAAAUUGAUUAUUUUUAGAUUUCAUGAAAACUAUUGCCAUGACACCAACGUUAUAUACGAAAUUUAAGUCGAUGUGUCAUGUUAGUGCACAAGUCAUUUUCCCAUCGCUUUCUCAACAUUAUGUGUUUUUUAUUUAAGAUCAUUUUGAACGCAUGUCAUCAGUUCUUUCAGACUUGUUUUCAUGUUACUAUUACCAUAUCAUCGUCACAUCUAUCACUGUCUUCAUCGUCUUCAUCAUCAUCAUCGUCAUCGUCAUCAUCAUCAUAUCAUCACCCUUAAUCCACAGUCCAUAUUAUCAUAUCGUAAUCCGCUCAUUUCCUUUUUAUCUAUUUUCAACCGACAUUCACUGACACAGGGACUCUAUUUCAUACCUAUCUUUUAUCAAGGAUUUCGGCAGAUGUCAUCUGUCAUCGAUUUCUUCCACCUUCACACCUCGUCGUCAGCAUCGUCAUCGUCAUCAUAUCAUCAUCGAUGUCAUCGCCAUCUUUAUCAUCAAUA